GCUCACUCUUGCUACCGCAGAGGGCUUACCCCUAGCCCAGCUAAGGUUAACAGAGGGGGAGAAUCUGCUAGACACUUAGGCAGCUGGCUUUGGGGAGGGCUGCACUAUCACAAACACACCAGCUCCCUCACACGCACGCCACAUACAUUCCCGCCCCGCUCCGUGCAUAUGAGCAUAAACGGACACACGUUCAUCACGCGCUCACGUGCUCAUCGUGCACAUACACAAUUACCUGUGCACACACGCAGACACCCAGGGAACGCUCUAGAUAUGCACACAAUCCCACGGCCACAUACAAAGAACACGUUUGUUUCUGUAAUCAUUUGUUUCUAAAAAAGCUGCAUUUAGAAAGUAUAUUUUAUAAACCAAUGUUCUUUUUUAGGCUAUAUGUCAGCUUUUAAACCCAUGUCCUCUGAAUGCACUAGGUGUGCCCUAUUUAUUUCUGCACCCCCAGAGAAAAGUCCAGUGCCUGGAACAUAAUAGACACCCCAUAAAUGUUUGUUGAGCAAAGGGGUGAGUGAAUGAAUAAUCUUUUUUUUUUUUAAAGAUUUUAUUUAUUUAUUUGACAGAGAGAGACCCAGCGAGAGAGGGAACACAAGCAGGGGGAGUGGGAGAGGGAGAAGCAGGCUUCCCGCCGAGCAGGGAGCCCGAUGCGGGGCUCGAUCCCAGGACCCUGGGACCAUGACCUGAGCCAAAGGCAGACGCUUAAUGACUGAGCCACCCAGGUGCCCCAGUGAAUGAAUAAUCUUUUAAAAAGCCACAAGACUCCUUGAUGAUGAAGUUUCUCUAAACCUAGCUUAGUGACUAAUGGUUGUACUCUGUGUGUGUGGUUGUACAAGAGAGAACAUCCGUAUAAAUGCACGAGAGUGUGCCUAAGUAAGAGGGGGUGUGCAUGCGAGGAGUAAACGAGCCUUUGCCAGGUGUCUACACACGACUGUGUGAGUGAAUAGAAGCGUAUGUGUGAGCAUGUAGGCACUAAAGUGGGGUGGCGGUAGGAGGGCCUGGCAGGAGAUGCUCCCGCCAAGAUAGCCCCAGCCUUUGGGGGGCUUGCACAUGCAAUGAACGCACCGCACUGAGUGUAUCAUGAAUGGCGUGGGUCUGCAAGUGUGGGGGCGGGAAGUGGGGUAAGUUUGUGAGCGGUUCCCAUGAAGCCGAAGCUCGAGAGAGCCCUGUCUCUUAGAUGGCUGCCCUUCCUCCUGCGCACUCCCCAGGACUGGACGCUUAGGUGAUUCAGUCCCAUCUUCAUUUCUGCUGCCGCCUCCUCCCAGGGCCCCCAUGAAGCUCCUGGCUUUCCUGAGCCUGCUGGGUCUGGUGCUGCUGGGGGCAGGGACAGCUUCUCUCCCCAAGGAGAGGAAGAGGAGAGAUCAGACGCUCGGGGAAGGCGAUGCUUAUGCAGUCCUGGACAACUAUGACCUGGGCCUGGACAACUACGACGAGGUCAUUGACCUGAGCGACUAUGAGGGGCUCACGGACUAUGGGGACCAGCUCCCCGAGGUCAAAGUGACCAGCCUGGUUCCUCCAACCAGGAUCGGUUCCACUCAGAGCACAGUGACUCCGAGGAAACUCUCUUCAAAGCCCAAGAUGAGCCGGCCUACGAUGCUGGGCCUCCUGGACUCACCAAGCAGCCACAGCCUGCCCACAUGUCUGGUCUGCGUGUGCCUCGGUUCCUCCGUGUACUGUGACGAUACUGACCUGGAGAACAUCCCUCCUCUUCCCAAGACAACCACUUACCUGUACGCCCGCUUCAACCGCAUCCGCCGGAUCCGCGCCGGAGACUUCGAAGGGCUGACAAAACUGAAGAGGAUUGACCUUUCCAGCAAUGCCAUCUUCUCCAUUGAUGAUGAUGCUCUCCGGCUGCUGCCUGCCCUGCAGGAUCUGAUCCUCCCAGAGAACCAACUGGCAUCUCUGCCCGUGCUGCCUGCCAGCAUCGAGGUCCUGGACGUCCGCCUGAACCGGCUCCGGAGCUCGGGGAUACAGCCUGAAGCACUCAGGGCGCUAGAGAAGCUGCAGUUCCUCUACCUGGCUGACAACCUUCUGGACUCCAUCCCUGGGCCUCUGCCCCCGAGCCUGCGCUCACUGCACUUGCAGAAUAACAUGAUAGAGACCAUGCAGAGCGACGCCUUCUGCGACUCCGAGGAGCACAAACACAGCCGGAGGCGGCUGGAAGACAUCCGCCUGGACGGCAAUCCCAUCAACCUGGGUCUCUUCCCCAGCGCCUACUUCUGCCUGCCUCGGCUCCCCACCGGCCACUGCUGCUAGUUCACUGGCCGCACUGGGGAGGCCCUCACCGCCUUCCGCAGGCGCCCGGCGCCUCCGCACGAUGGGCUUUCGCUCGGGCCGGAAUUGGCCUCCGGAUCCAGUUGCAAAACUCACCCCCACUCCCUUCCGCCACCUUCUACACGCUCGUGUGCACACACGCACACACGCAUGCACACACGCACGCACACGUACACACAGAUACACAGAGACACAUACAUGCGCGCACACACACACGUGCGUGCGUUAAUGUCCUUCAGUAGCCAAAUUUGCAUUUCUCACCCUCUUUCCUUAACAACUUAUGGCUCCUGACUCAGAAGAGCAGCAUCUGCAGCAAAGCUCAUUGCCAUAUUCCCCAUCCCCCCUACCCACACGGAAUGCCAGGAAGUCAUGGAAGAGGAAGAGGAGAAAGAGAAGGAGGAAAUCGGGAGAAGCAGUGGCGGGCUUCAGCCAGCUCUUACUACUAGGCUUGCUUGCAGAACCAAUUAUUACAUUUUCCAGAAUUUUGUAAGCCAGUCGUUAAACACAGCUUUUAUUAAAGAUUAAAUUAUAAGCUCACAUUUAAAUAUAUUAGGUUGAAAAUAAAUGUAAUGAAUACUCA